AUGACGGUGGCCACGGGGGACCCGGCUGACGAGGCGGCGGCGCACCCGGGCCAACCCCUGGACACCUACGACCCCGAGGCCGACCACGAGUGCUGCGAGAGGGUGGUCAUCAACAUCUCCGGCCUGCGCUUCGAGACGCAGCUCAAGACCCUCUCGCAGUUCCCAGAGACUUUGCUCGGGGACCCCAAGAAGAGGAUGCGCUACUUCGACCCGCUGAGGAACGAGUACUUCUUCGACAGGAACCGGCCCAGCUUCGACGCCAUCCUCUACUACUACCAGUCCGGCGGGAGGUUGCGUCGGCCGGUCAACGUGACCUUGGACAUUUUCUCGGAGGAGAUACGGUUCUACGAGCUGGGCGAAGAGGCCAUCGAAAUAUUUCGGGAGGACGAGGGCUUCAUCAAGGAGGAGGAGAGGCCGUUGCCCGAGAAUGAGUUUCAGCGGCAGGUAUGGCUGCUCUUCGAGUACCCAGAGAGCUCCGGCCCGGCCAGGAUUAUCGCCAUCAUCUCCGUGAUGGUCAUCCUCAUCUCCAUCGUCAGCUUCUGCCUGGAGACCCUGCCCGUUUUCCGCAACGACGAGGACGAGAUGCACAAGGUCUACCAGCCCCUCUCCAACACCACCUACAGCUACCAGUCCACGUACUUCACCGACCCCUUCUUCAUCCUGGAGACGCUCUGCAUCAUCUGGUUCUCCUUCGAGUUCCUGGUGCGCUUCUUCGCCUGCCCCAGCAAGGCGAGCUUCUUCGUCAACCUCAUGAACAUCAUUGACAUUGUGGCCAUCAUCCCGUACUUCAUCACCCUGGGCACGGAGCUGGCAGAGAAGGCUGAGGAUGGCCAGGCGGGCCAGCAGGCCAUGUCCCUGGCCAUCCUGAGGGUCAUCCGCCUGGUGCGCGUCUUCCGGAUCUUCAAGCUCUCCCGGCACUCCAAGGGGCUCCAGAUCCUGGGCCAGACGCUGAAGGCCAGCAUGCGGGAACUCGGGCUGCUUAUAUUCUUCCUCUUCAUCGGAGUCAUCCUCUUCUCCAGUGCCGUCUACUUCGCCGAGGCGGACGAGGCCGAGUCGCAGUUCUUCAGCAUCCCCGACGCCUUCUGGUGGGCGGUGGUCUCGAUGACCACAGUCGGCUACGGGGACAUGGUGCCCACCACCAUCGGGGGCAAGAUCGUGGGCUCCCUCUGUGCCAUCGCCGGCGUGCUGACCAUCGCCCUACCGGUGCCCGUCAUCGUGUCCAACUUCAACUACUUCUACCACCGCGAGACGGAGGGCGAGGAACAGGCCCAGUACCUCCAGGUCACCAGCGUCCCCAAGAUAGACUCCACUGAAGAUCUCAAGAAGAGCAGGAGUGGGUCCAGUUUGAGCAAGUCUGACUACAUGGAGAUCCAGGAGGCGGUGAACAACAGCAACGAGGACUUCCGGGAGGAGAAUCUCAAGACGGCCAACUGCACCCUGGCCAACACCAACUAUGUCAACAUCACCAAGAUGCUCACGGAUGUAUAACCACUUUGGGAUGACAACCUGCAUCAUGGGUGGGGAACUGGGAAGGGGAGGAAAAAAGGGGUUAGCUUCCCCUCAUUUUAGGAUGGCUCGACCCUCGCCCACCUAGGCAACGGAUACACGAGAAGGAGAUCCGUAAACAAGGAGAAGAAAAUUAGCAGAGAGGGACCCUGCGCACCUACUCCAGACCCUCCCCACCCUCU